AUGGCCAAGAUUUCUACUGUCGAGUACUUCCGUGUGAAACCCAGAUGGCUUCUGGUAAAGAUUACAGACUCCAACGGCGAAUAUGGCUGGGGUGAGGCCACGCUCGAGGGUCAUGAUUUGGCAGUUGAGGGUUGCCUCGAAGAGAUGAUUCCCCGCAUUGUCGGGCUCGAAGCCAACCAGAUUGAGAAUAUAUGGCAAACAUUCUGGAGGCAUGGGUUCUACCGUGGCGGGCCUGUCUUCAUGUCGGCCCUUUCAGGGGUUGAUAUUGCUCUGUGGGAUCUCAAGGGCCGGACUCUCAAGGUUCCCAUCUACGAGUUGCUAGGCGGAUUGGUCCGCGACUCGGUCCAGGUUUAUUGCUGGAUUGGCGGCGACCGUCCUUCGGACGUUGAGAAGGCUGCAAAGGUGAGGAUCGCCCAGGGACUCAAGUGCGUCAAGAUGAACGCGACAGAGGACAUGAACUGGGUGGACUCACCCUCCGUACUGGAUUCGGCCGUGGAGCGUCUCAAGGCUGUCAAGGCUCUCGGCCUCGACGCAGGCCUCGACUUCCACGGUCGCCUCCACAAGCCCAUGGCCAAGCAGCUCGUGGCCGCGCUGGAGCCCCACCGUCCGCUAUUCAUCGAAGAGCCGCUCCUGUGCGAGCACCCAGAGGCCCUGAAGCAGCUGACAGACCGGUCCACCGUACCCAUCGCCUUUGGUGAGCGCCUCUACACACGCUGGGACGUCAAGAGGUUCCUCGAGGACGCGAGCGUCGACAUCCUGCAGCCUGACAUCGCGCACGCCGGCGGCAUCAGCGAGACGAAGCGCAUCGCGCAGAUGGCUGAGGCGUACGAUGUGGCCAUUGCGCCGCACUGUCCCCUCGGUCCCGUGGCAUUUGCCGCGUGCAUGGCCGUCGCACUGACCACGCCCAAUUUUGCCAUUCUGGAGAUGAGCCUCGGGAUGCACUACAACACCGAGUCGGGCGACGACAUCGAUCUCCUGACCUACCUCAAGGACCCCGAGGUGUUUGCAAUCGGAGACGACGGGUACAUCAAGGCGCCGACGAAGUAUGGUCUAGGUAUUGAGAUCGACGAGGACAAGGUUAGGAGCAUUUCCAAGGGCACCAAGCCCUGGCAGUGCAAGGUGUUUCACGGUCCCGACGGGAGCAUACGGGAAUGGUAG